AUGGUUGUCCAUGAUGGUGAUCCUAUUAUUCAUAUGGCCACCUACAUUACAGAGGAGCCAUCUAUCGGCGAAUUGCGAUUCAUUGCUCGACUCAACCCGGACGAACUCCCCAACGAGGAGCCGUUCGGCGAUGUGUCCAACACUGCCGGUGGGGAGGCCAUUGAAGGAUCUGACGUGUUCCUCGUCGAUGGGGAAACCCGUAGCAAGUUCUACUCCAGCCAGCGUUUCAUUGACGAUCAAAGACACUGCAUCGCGGGCGACGAACACCGCGUCUGCAUGAUCCUCAACCAAUACGAAACCUCUUCCGGUGGCCCAUUCCACAGGGACAUCAACUCCAACAACGGAGGCGACUACAACUCCCUCUACUGGUACAUGAACUCGGGCCACGUUCAAACCGAGUCCUACCGCAUGGGUCUCCACGGUCCCUACUCGAUGUACUUCAGCCGCAGCGGCACUCCCAGCACCGACAUCGACACGUCCUUCUUCGCGGACCUCGACAUUGAAGGCUACGUCGCCGAAGCAGACAGGGGAACCGUAUCCGGAACCGCGUCAGGCGCUGACUCCAGCUUCGACUGGGUCGUUCACUGGUACAACGACGACGCCCAAUACUGGACCUACACAUCCUCCUCCGGCAGCUUCACCUCCCCCGCCAUGAAACCAGGAACAUACACCAUGGUCUACUACCAAGGCGAGUACGUCGUCGCCACCAGCGAAGUGACGGUCAGCGCCGGAUCGAGCACAACCAAGAAUAUUUCCGGCUCCGUCAAAACAGGAACGACUAUCUUCAAGAUUGGCGAUUGGGACGGACAACCAACCGGCUUCCGCAACGCAGAAAACCAACUCCGCAUGCACCCCUCCGACUCCAGAAUGUCCGACUGGGGCCCCCUAACCUACACCGUCGGCAGCUCCUCGCUAACUGACUUCCCCAUGGCCGUCUUCAAGGCCGUCAACGACCCAGUAACCAUCAAAUUCACCGCGACAUCCGACCAAACCGGUGCAGCGACGCUGCGUAUCGGAACUACGCUGUCAUUCGCGGGUGGACGUCCUCAAGCGACGAUAAACGACUACGAAGGCUCCGCGCCAUCCGCACCCACGAACCUGAACUCCCGUGGCGUGACUCGUGGCGCGUAUAGAGGCUACGGCGAGGUGUAUGAUGUUUCGGUUCCGGAGGGGACGAUUGUCGAGGGGGAGAAUACGGUACGCUUGCUACCUUACCUUCUACCCUACCUACUAGAUAUAUGUUGUGAGUGA